AUGAGACCCUCUAGAGAAAGAUUCACGAAAUUAUUGCUUUUUUUUGGGAGUCUAUUUAUCGGAACGCUUUGCGUGGCCCCGAAACACGACCCACUCGACACGGCUGCACAAAGAAGAGCUGAAGCUUUACAUCGAUUGGAUACAUUGAUCUUACUGACGUUUAUCAGUGUGUUGAUCGUCAUUGUACUCACCGCAUGGCUUUUCAAACACUAUCGCUUUCGAUUUGUGCACGAGAGUGGAUUGACGCUGAUUUAUGGUCUAUUGAUCGGUUUUUGCAUCAAAUAUUUUGAUAUCGGGCUCUGGGAGAGUACGACAAUCGACGUGGCGCCAACGAAUGUCACACUUCAGCUGCGCGAACCACCUGAUUACUUGAGGCUCGAAGUGAAAGAAAAGGAACAAUCACAAGCACAAAGUGUUUCCUUUCACUAUGAGCUUAUCGAGGGAUUUUAUGCGGAUAAACGAAAGAAAGAUGAGCAAAAGAUCGAGCAAAAGACAGCCUUCUCACCGGAGAUCUUCUUCAACAUUCUCCUUCCGCCGAUUAUUUUCAAUGCCGGUUACAGCUUGAAAAAGAGAAACUUCUUCCGGAAUAUUGGCAGCAUUUUGGCGUUUGUGUUUGUGGGGACGACGGUGUCAUGUUUAGUGACUGGAAUUUUAUUGUUUGUGUUGACGAAGAUCUUCGCGAUGGGCUUUGCCUUUCAAGAGCUACUUGUCUUUGGCGCCUUGAUCUCAGCCACUGAUCCAGUGACUGUUCUUUCCGUAUUCACUGAAAUGCGAGUCGAGCCAGAUCUAUUCGCGCUCGUCUUUGGAGAAAGCGCUCUCAACGAUGCGGUGGCUAUUGUGCUUACAAACACAAUCGACUCCUUUUCAAUGUCAACAGAAACCGUGGACUUGAACGCGCUUCUCGGAGCGGCUCUCAACUUUCUCUAUGUUUUUUUCAGUUCGCUUCUUCUCGGCUCAAUUGUCGGAUGUUUGACAGCAUUGUUGACAAAGUUGACCCAUAUCGCUGAUCAUUCUCUCUUAGAGACAUCACUCUUCAUCCUUUUCUCAUACGUCUCAUUCUUACUGGCUGAAGUUGUUCAAUUAACAGGAAUUGUUGCCGUGCUUUUCUGUGGGAUUUGUCAAGCUCAUUACACUUUCAACAACAUGAGCGAAGAGUCACGAGCUACAACGAAACAAUUUUUCCAUGUGAUCUCUUUCCUCUCAGAAUCUUUCAUCUUCUGCUACAUCGGCGUUUCAGUGUUCGUUGCCGGGAAUCAAAAGUGGAACUUGCCAUUUUUGUUCUUUGCUAUGAUCGCAAUCUGGAUCGCUCGCGCCGUAUUCGUUUACCCAUUGUGCGCUUUUUUAAAUCUAAAGCGACGACCUCGUAUCGCUAAAAACUAUCAACAUAUGAUUGUCUUCUCAGGACUUCGUGGAGCGAUGGCUUUCGCUUUAGCCGAUCGGAACACAGCAACCGAGAAUAAACAGAUAAUUUGUGCAACUACUGUGGCAAUUGUUGUAAUGACUGUUUUAUUUAAUGGCGGACUUUCGAAUUGGAUGAUUGAGAAAUUGGGGAUUAAACACGGCGAUCAAAUCCCUAAUGAGUACUCGUUGCCAAGAACGGAUUCGGCUGGAGAAGAAAGAGAGAUGAUCGAACCGGUGACUACUCCGACUUCAUCAGGGCAAAACCCAUGGGAUAAAGCGUUUUUGCCACGGAAAUGGUACAACUUUGAUGCCAAUUUCAUGAAACCUUUGUUGACGCACGCUAAUCCGAGUCUCAUGGACACAAUGCCCCCAUUCACAUGGCCGAUUGCUAAAUUCUUCACAUCGGAUCGACAAAUGGCUGGUGGAUCAUUG